AAAAAGGCUAAAAAGAAAGAAAGAAAAAGAAUCUGAUUUUCUUUUGUCUUCCAACAAAGCUCAAACGAACCUCUCUCCUCAUUUACACGAGUUUAAUGUUUUUAUUUGCUUAACUUUAUUAUGUUAGAGGUACAAAGAUGAUACUACCAAUGAAAAGGGAAAUGAUGAACAACAUCAGCCAUCUUGAACCAGAUCACUCUGAGUUUGUUGAAGUUGAUCCUUCUGGAAGAUAUGGAAGAUACAAUGAAGUUCUUGGUAAAGGAUCUUCAAAGACCGUUUACAGAGGAUUUGAUGAAUAUGAGGGUAUAGAAGUAGCAUGGAACCAAGUAAAGCUCUAUGAUUUCUUGCAGAGUCCUCAAGAGCUGGAGAGGCUCUACUGUGAGAUUCACCUCCUCAAAACACUAAAACAUAAGAGCAUCAUGAAGUUCUACACUUCUUGGGUCGAUACCGAGAAUCGAAACAUAAACUUCAUCACUGAAAUGUUCACUUCUGGUACCUUGAGACAGUAUAGGCUAAAGCACAAGAGAGUGAACAUAAGGGCAGUGAAGCAUUGGUGUAGACAGAUCUUAAGAGGAUUGAACUAUCUUCACACCCAUGACCCUCCUGUGAUUCACAGAGAUCUCAAGUGUGACAAUAUUUUUGUUAAUGGUAACCAAGGAGAAGUCAAAAUUGGAGAUCUUGGUCUUGCUGCUAUGUUACAAAACUCACACGCUGCUCAUUGUGUUGGGACACCAGAGUUCAUGGCUCCUGAAGUCUAUCAAGAAGAAUAUAACCAACUAGUCGAUAUUUACUCGUUUGGGAUGUGCGUUUUGGAAAUGGUAACGUUUGAUUACCCAUACAGCGAGUGUACACACCCUGCUCAGAUCUACAAGAGAGUUAUAUCGGGCAAGAAACCAGACUCAUUAGACAAGGUAAGGGACAGUGAGGUUAGAGUCUUUAUAGAGAAAUGCUUGGCCAGUGCAUCUCUUAGACUCUCAGCUCGUGAACUACUAGACGAUCAUUUUCUUUGUACCGAUGAAGGUGAGUCCACUUUUGAUCAUCUUCACUACUCGAACCCAUGGACUUACAAUGGAGAUGAGACGGUGGAGUCACAAUCAAUAGAGGUCUUUGAGUUUCAAAGCGAUGAUAAUGAAGAAGCUGAAGAGUAUGAUAACAAGUUUGACAAUGUACAUAUAAGCAUAAAAGGUAAGAGAAGAGACAAUGGUGAUGGACUGUUCCUACGACUAAGAAUAGCCGACAAGGAAGGGCUUGUGAGAAACAUAUACUUCCCGUUUGACAUCGAAAGCGACACGGCAAUAAGCGUGGCAAGAGAGAUGGUGGAAGAGCUGGAGAUGGACGACCGUGAUGUGACAAAGAUAGCUAACAUGAUCGAUGGAGAGAUUGCUUCUCUGGUUCCUAAUUGGAGAUCAGGCCUAGGGCUUGAGAGCAUGUUCUGCAAUUGCGCACCGAACAGUUCAACAAUAGACUCCAACUUGAGGCAGUGUUGCAGAAACAGGUGUGGAGAGAAGCAUGGACGGUUUGAGGAGAUCACUUCGGGACUAAACCAAUCUGACGAAGAAGAGGCGUUUUCUUGCAUGUCAAGUAACUAACUAUAUAUGUUGUUCAUGAGGAUAUAAUUAGUUUUGGGAAGGCUUUACUCCCAUGGAAAAAGAGGACAUUUUCGCUGUCUUAUGUUAAUGUGUAGAAAUAUUUACAGUUGUGUUGACAAAUCAAAAAGAUCACAGUAAUUAUUUAACUAUCUACUCUAUUAAGAACAUGAUCACUCUUAUAUAUUACCCUUUUAUUACCC